AUGCAUUCUAUCACGGCUGCUUAUCGGUCGAUCCUGUGUUGGUGGUGCUUGUGCUUCGUGCUCGUGUACCCAUCGGUGCCGGUGGUUCAAGGGGCUUUCGAUUACUGUGCCGCCUCAAAGGACCUCUGCCAACCGCCUGGUGCACGCCAUGUCGUCUGCAAUGGGCGCAACUUUGGUUCGGUUUGUCGGGAGCCGAAGCUGAUCAAAAUGAAUGAUCGCUACCGGAAACAAAUACUGGAGUUCCACAACAGACUACGGAACAACAUUGCUUGCGGUUAUUUCCGGCGCUAUGCCGAGGCCAGUUCGAUGGAACAGUUGGAAUGGGAUCCCAAGCUGGCGCGUAUGGCCGAGUACAAUGCUCGAACGUGCACAUUUGCGCACGACGAAUGCCGUAACACACGCAAGUACCGCCGGGUCGGGCAAAACCUGGCCAUCAAUUGGUUCCACGGUGUCAACGUGACGGUGUCUCAAGCCAUCGAUAAGUUCCAAAACCACUGGUACCAGGAGCACGGCCAGGGUAAGCAGAAGCUAGUCGACCGCUACACCCUACCCUCCAUGCAGGCCGGUAUCGGACACUUUACGCAGAUGAUACAUGCCGACACACACAGUAUCGGCUGCGCGAUGGUACGCUUCACAAGCGUCAUGAAAGGAUUGGCCGUGACGCAGUACUAUCUGGUGUGCAACUACUCCGAGGGCAACGUGUACGAGCGGCCCGUCUAUCGGAAGGGCAAACGAUGCAGCAAGUGCAAAUACGGAUGCUCAACCGGUACCUUCAAAUGUCUUUGUCGGAAGCAACACUGAGCACCAAUGAUGAUAAGCGUAUCUUAAUCCUUAAAACAAUUCCUUCUAUCACACCGCUAUCGGCGGGAAUUAACUAGUACUUUAGAGCAGCUCAUGACCGAUUAACCCCGAGCGCACACUGCAUCGAGUACGUAAGCAUGUAUCGGUGCAUUAAUAAACCGGCCCAGGACCUUCUACUGCUACUCACAUCGGCUCUUAUUUUCUCAAUUCAAAACGGUGCACGUGUCAACGCCGCUUCACGCGAACGGAGUACCAGCGCUACAAUGAUGUCUAUUCGAAAUCGAUGAGGUACAGAACUGUUUCCCUAGUAUUGUUGAGUCAUCACAUCAACGUGUGGUUGCGCCCAAUGGCCAUUACGUGCUCUGCUAUGCUCGAAUGGUUCCACGAGUAGUCUGAUGAGAGUAUUACACAGCAACAGUGGCAUGUGCAAGGUUUGUGAGAUGAUUACUGUAUGGUGCUAAUGAUUCCAGAACCUUGGCCAUGAUCUUGAAAACCCCUUUUGAACCUUCGUUCGAGGUUUGUAAAUCGUUGCAACGUGACAUGCAGAGCAAAUAGCUAUCACAGCCAUUUGUAAAUGAUCAUGAUACGUGAUCAUGGAUAAAUUCGAAUGUUGUUCAGCCAAUCAAUUAGUCAUGGC